AUGCCUGGCCUGGUCACUGCCACGGGUGUGCUGGCUUUCCUGGCCGACGAGGAGCCAGAACUCAAGGUAUUUGCCCUGCAGACGCUUAACGACGAUAUCGACACGGUUUGGUUCGAGGUCGCCGGCGCUCUCGGUCAGAUCGAGGCACUGUACGAGGACGAAGCCUUUCCCGAACGAAAGUUAGCUGCCCUUGUUCUUGCCAAAGUUUAUUACCACCUCCAGGCCUACGACGAGAGCAUGUUUUUUGCCCUGGCCGCGGGUGAGCUAUUCAAACUGGACAAUCCUGGCGAGUUUGAGGAGACCAUCAUAUCCAAGUGUGUCGAUCACUACAUUGCCACCAAGAAUGGGGACCACACCGUCAUCGAGACAAAAAACAAGGACACCGCCCUCCCGGCUCUAGCUACGGCGUUCGCCAGCACAGGCGCUGACGGUAGCGCUUCGUCCUUGAUCUCCCCCACCACGCCCUUCUCCCAGUCGACCUUGCCGUCCAAAUCCCUCCUCUCCCGAGCCUCCGUCGACAACACCAUUAUCGAUCCCUCUUUCGAACCGCAGAAGAAGCAGCACCGGUCGUCUUCUAUCGCUUUGACCAAUAGCGAGCUCGAUACUCGACGGGCCAUCGACCGAGUGAUUGAACGGCUAUUCGAGAGCUGCUUAAAAGAAAAACGUUAUCAGCAGGUUGUCGGCAUCGCCGUCGAAGCAAAGAGACUUGAUGUGGUCAGCAAAGUUAUUCAGCGCGCUGAUGACGACUACAAACGCAACAAGGGCAAGUCUACACAGGAUGACGCUAUGGGUCCUGCUGAAGAGCUGCUAGAUUACUGCUUGAGUAUAUGCAUGGAUGUAGUCCAAGAACGAGCGUUCCGGGAUGAUAUCCUACAGCUCGUUCUCGAUAUUCUCACCAGCGGCCGGGCUAAGGAUCCCGACUACUUCUCCAUCGCCAAGUGCAUUGUUUAUCUCAACAAAAACGAGCAAGCGCGCACAGUUAUCCAACACCUCGUCAAAGCCGAGACUGUAGAAGCUACCGCCAUAGCUUACCAGUUCGCCUUCGACCUAUACGAUAACGGCACGCAGGAAUUCCUGGGUAAGGUCACCUCUGGGUUACCCAAGGUUAAUCCCCCUGUCGAGAAGAACGAUGCCCCGUCCGUUGGGGAGUCAGAAAGGGAUCCCUUAUUAGGCAGUGAAACCGGCGAAGCUGAUUCUGAACCCGAUGAGGCGGAUGAGAAGAAGAUUACCAUUUACAGAAACAUCCGCUCUAUCCUCGACGGUAAUAAAACGAUCAAGCUCAAUCUCGAGUUCCUCUAUCGUAACAAUCACACCGAUUUGAGCAUUCUCAACAAGGUUCGGGAUAGUCUCGAGGGCCGAAACUCCAUUUUCCACACUGCCGUCACAUUCUGCAAUGCCUUCAUGAACCAAGGCACUACCAACGACAAGUUCUUCCGGGACAAUCUGGAGUGGCUCGGCAAAGCCGUCAACUGGUCCAAGUUCACCGCAACGGCCGCACUUGGUGUAAUCCACCGCGGAAACCUCUCCCAGUCAAGGAAGCUCCUGGAACCCUAUCUCCCACGAGGCACUGGCGGUAUCAGUGGCGGCUCACCCUAUUCCCAGGGCGGCGCCCUCUAUGCAUACGGUCUCAUCCACGCCAACCAUGGCGCUGAUGCGUUGGAUUACCUGAAGACGCAGUUCACAGCUGCCGAGGAGGAAGUUAUCCAGCACGGUGGCGCUCUGGGCCUUGGACUUGCCGGUAUGGCGAGCGGGAACGAAGAGAUCUUUGAGAAUCUCAAAGCCGUGCUGUACGCCGAUUCUGCGCUCAACGGCGAGGCUGUUGGCCUCUCAAUGGGGUUGAUCAUGUUAGGCACUGGCAAUGUUAAAGCUUUGGAGGACAUGGUCGCUUACGCGCACGAGACAUCUCACGAGAAGAGCGUGCGAGGUUUGGCUUUAGGCAUGUCCCUGAUCAUGUACGGCCAGCAGGAGGGUGCGGACGUCAUGAUCGAAGGUCUCCUGAAUGACCCGGACCCUACCUUGCGAUACGGCGGCAUCAUGACUGUGGCGAUGGCCUACUGUGGCACCGGUAGCAACAAAGCAAUUCGGAAGCUGCUGCACGUCGCUGUCAGCGACGUGAAUGAUGACGUGCGCCGAAUCGCGGUCAUGAGCUUGGGCUUCAUCUUAUUUCGUAAGCCCGGCAGCGUCCCCCGCAUGGUUGAGCUCCUCUCCGAGUCGUACAACCCCCAUGUUCGUUACGGUUCCGCCAUGGCUCUCGGUAUCUCGUGCGCCGGAACCGGGCUGGACGAGGCUAUCGACCUGCUAGAGCCCAUGAUGAAGGAUCCUACCGAUUUUGUAAGACAGGGAGCCUUGAUCGCCCUGGCCAUGAUUAUGAUUCAGCAGAACGAGGUGAUGAACCCCAAGGUUGCGUCAAUUCGCAAGACUCUCAAGAAGGUGGUGGGCGAUCGUCACGAAGACGCGAUGACAAAAUUUGGUGCGGCCCUUGCCCUCGGCAUAAUCGACGCCGGUGGACGCAACUGCACGAUCGGCCUGCAAACGCAGACAGGCAAUCUCAAUAUGGCCGGCAUCGUCGGGAUGGCCGUCUUCACCCAAUACUGGUACUGGUUCCCCUUCACCCAUUUCCUAUCACUGGCCUUCAGUCCUACCUCAAUCAUCGCUCUUGAUCACGACCUGGACAUUAUCGAUGUCAAGUUCCACUGCGCCACGAAGCCGAGUCUUUUCGACUACCCUCCAGAGCAGGAGAUCAAAGCCGAAGAGGGUCCGACCAUGAUCGCGACCGCCAUCCUUUCGACGACUGCCCAAGCCAAACGCCGAGCGCAAAAGAAGGAACGGGCACAGCGACGGGAGAGCAUGGAUAUCGACGCGACUGCCACCCCAACUACUUCUAAGCCAGGCACGAGCGGUGAUAAGAUGGAUGUAGACGCGAAGAGGAAAUCGAGCGACCUCAACAAAGACAAGAAGGAAGGCGAGACACCCGCGCCAGGCGAUAAGGAGGCAUCCACGCCUCCUGCAGACACUAAGAAGAAGUCCGAGAAGGAAAAGCCAGGCUAUGACAUCGAGAAUAUGAGUCGCGUCCUCCCCGGGCAGCUUAAGUAUAUCAGUUUGGUUAAGGGACGUUACUGGCCGGUUAAGCUAGUGAGGCCCGGUCCCCUGCCUACCGGGGGUCCAAUACUGCUUCACGACAUGCAACCGGAGAAGGACAAGGUCAUUAUCGAAGAGAAACUGAAGAAGGUGGCAACGGAGAAGGCUCCUAUAGCUGGUGGCAGUACCGCUCCCAACCGCAACCCUCGAACGAUGGAGGAAGCAAUCCUUAGCCGGCUAGGAGGGCGGGACCGGCUGGCCACUCCCAGCCGAACCAACACGUCGGGAGCCGCAGCGGCGGCAGGAGUUUUGACGGCUAUCGAUGAGGAUGGCGAAGGAGACGAAGAGGCGCAGCCGCCUCGCGACUUUGAAUACUUCACAGAGGACGAGGAGAGUGAGUAG